AUGAGCGGUCCAAUAUUUAGAAAACGUCGAGAUAGCGAUAGUAAAACAAAAAAAUCUAUUGAUUUUUCUCCUGUAAACAUAUCAAUUUCUAGUUUUAUAACAUCAGAUGAACAUGAUGAAUUAUUUCAAAAAUUUGCUGAUGCCACUUCUACAAAUGAACAAUUACCUAUUUUAAGAAAAAUAGUAGAUCUGUAUGAAGAUACAUAUGACACUGAUAUUAUAAAGUUUAUGGUGGUUGUGUAUCUACAAGCAGAUGCUGGUCAUCCUGUGAAAUGUUUUAUCUCAAGAUAUGUCACAAAAAACAACAACCUUCAAAAAUCAUUUACAAGUGUACUAGCAUCACAGAUAUCUACAAGAAUAUCAGCAGAGCCAACACACUACAAGGAAUACUUAGAUGUCGUAAGCAAAGUGGCAACAUGUAUUGAGAAUUUUUAA